CCACAGAUUGGACGUUUCUAACAGCAUCCUAAUGUACACCAAAAUAAUUUUAUAAAGGAAUUGUAAUAUAUGUUUGGUUAUGAUUUACAAUGUCGGAGACCUUCGACACUGAACCCCUCCAAGAUCGACUGCAAACUUUACAGGAACUCACUGAAUUCACAGAAAACUGUGAAACGAAGCUACAAGAAUUAUUCGACUCGCUUGAAUGGGACAAAGAAUGGGACGAAAGUAUCAGCAAGGAGGCGAUGGAAACAUGCCCCUACGACCCAAACCAUCGGGUUCCUCGCAGAAGCAUGGAAAAACACAAAAUGAAAUGUCUGCUUAAUCAGAUGGGUUAUUCCCAAGACGAACAGGUAGAGAUGUAUGACCCAUCAGGUUGUUAUGAGAGAGCCAGCAUUCCUUGUGUAAUUAUGGAUAAAAAGUCACAACAGCAAGUCCUCCGACAAGCAAGAGCAAAGGCACCUCUUCUGAGAUUGGAGGGACAGUACAGCCAAGGUGACUAUUCUAAGGAUGCCACGGAUGUCCCUCAGAAUCAUAAGAGAGCUAUAUGUGACCUCACAGCGGCUGACCGAUUGGCUCUUUAUGAUCAUGUGAUCCAAGAGACAGAAAGCCAGCAGAAGGCCAAAAAAGACGCUAUCAACAAUGAGGACCUCUAUGUGGAUCUGGUUGCCAAGCUCAAUAAAGAUGACGGUCAGAAUGGUCCAAAGUCUCACCUGGAGGUCCUGGCAGAGAUGAGGGACUACAAGCGGCGGCGCCAGUCAUACCGUGCUAAAAACGUCCACAUCACUAAGAAGUCUUACACUGAGGUGAUCCGGGAGGUGAUUGAUGUUCACUCUGGAGAGCUUGCUAAGCUGUGGGAGGAGGAGCAGCAGGAGAUGGAGGAGGCGACAUCAUCCAAACACUCCUCUCACAGGAGGCACUCUAAGGAUCGGCGUUCGGCCUCCGUGGAGUCGGUGGAGUCGCGCCAGUCCCACCAGUCUCUUGUCAGCGCCCAAGACGGCCACAGCCACAGCUCUCGCCAUAAACGCAAGUGCAGCCGAGAUGAAGAUGAUGACGGCAGAGGAAGGAGGGAUUCAAACUCUCCAGAGGAGAGACAUCAUCAUAAGAAAAAGAAGAAGAAGAAGAAGAAAAAGAAAGAGUAGUCCCUGAGUGUGUGUACAGUGCCUCCUGUUGGCCAUAUGCCAUAUUACAAAAGUCUUGUAAACAUGUUCUUUUGCCAAUGUCUUUUUUUUUUUUGUUUUAGCUUUGAGUCUGAGGAUAUCUAUGAGGACAUCUACGUAUGUGUUCACAAAUCAAAUAAAGUGCACUGCUUUGA